AUGUCUUUCCAAACACGUCAAGUUGGUGCUGCCAACACCUUGGACUACAAAGUUUACUUUGAAGAGAACGGUAAACCAAUUUCUCCAUUCCAUGAUAUUCCAUUGUACGCCAAUGAAGAGAAAACCAUUCUCAACAUGGUUGUUGAAGUUCCAAGAUGGACCAAUGCUAAAUUGGAAAUCUCCAAAGACAUCAAAUUGAACCCAAUUAUUCAAGACACCAAAAAGGGAAAGUUGAGAUUUGUUCGUAACUGUUUCCCACAUCACGGAUACAUUCACAACUACGGUGCUUUCCCCCAAACUUGGGAAGAUCCAAAUGUUACUCACCCAGAAACCAAGGCUAAAGGUGACAAUGAUCCAUUAGAUGUUUGUGAAAUUGGUGAAAAAGUCGCCACCGUUGGUGAAGUCAAACAAGUUAAAGUCUUGGGUGUCAUGGCUCUUUUGGAUGAAGGUGAAACUGAUUGGAAGAUCAUUGUUAUUGAUGUCAAUGAUCCAUUAGCUCCUAAGUUGAACGACAUUGAAGAUGUUGAAACCCAUUUGCCAGGUUUAUUGAGAGCCACUAAUGAAUGGUUUAGAAUCUACAAAAUUCCAGAUGGAAAACCAGAAAAUCAAUUUGCAUUUAGUGGUGAAUGUAAAAACAAGAAAUAUGCUGAAGAAGUUAUCAAUGAAACUCAUGAAGCUUGGGAAAAAUUGAUUGCUGGACAAAGUGCUGACUCAAAGGGAAUUGAAUUGGUUAAUACUACUUUGGCAAAAACUGCAACUUACGAACCAAAUGUUGAUAUUCCAGCUGCUGCUCCAGCUAAGGCCGCUCCAAUUGAUAAAUCAAUUGACAAGUGGUUCUUUAUCUCUGGUGCUCAUUAA